AUGGGAAGUGGUGCGACAAUAGCUGGCGAUAGUAGUGGUUCAUCAGGUUCCAGUUCGACUGUGCUAGACAAUCCUGUAGGUUUAACUUUUGACAAAAACGGAUUCAUGUAUGUAGCUGAUAGUCAAAAUAAUCGAGUACAGCGCUUCCCUCGUAAUUCUCUAACCGGUACAACGGUUGCUGGGCAAGCAGGUACGAGUUCAACAGCACUAAACUCGCUCAGAAGACCAUUCGGAAUAGAUGUUGAUGACGAUUUGAAUGUUUACGUCGCUGAUAGUGAUAAUCAACGAGUAGUGAAAUGGGUUCCGAAUGCAACAAGUGGCAUUCUUCUCAUUGAUAGAAACAUAAUUGGCAAACCUUAUGGAAUUCUCCUGGCACCUAAUUCAACAAAUCAAGUUUAUUUAAGUGAUGAAUCUCGAAAUAGUGUCUAUCUGUGGACAUUUAGUGCAUCAAACCCAGACUUAACUUUAAGAUCCGUCAAUGAUAGUAUUGGUACUCUUGGUAGGCCUAGAGGCAUGAUUUAUGAUUCGUAUAACAAUUUGUACGUUGCCGAUGCUGGUCGUUCUCUCAUCGUAAGAUAUUGUGUCAACUCAACAAUUGGUGACAUUGUUGUUGGCGGCAGUGGUAGCACACCUGUGCUCAACACACCAUCAGCUAUAGCAUUUGACUCGAAUUUUAAUUUGUAUGUGGCUGAUGAGAACACCAAUCAAGUUGUAAAAUAUGCUCGAAUAUAA